AUGCCACCACCGCCCCCACCCCCACCGCCACCUCUUCCUCCAUCAUUCGCUCCACCACCACCUCCAGGUCCGCCGCCACCUCCAGGUCCGCCACCGCCACCAGCAAAUCUAGCAGCCGCUCGUCCACCGGCUAGUGGUGGCGAGCGAGCUGGCUUACUCGACGAAAUUAGUAAAUUCAAAAAAGGCGGUUUGAAACACACGGAAACUGAUGAUCGAAGUGGUGCGAUUCUUGGCAAUGUAAAGAAGGAUAGUUCUGGUACUGGCAGUAACUCAUCAGGAGGUGCUUCAAGUUCUUCUAAUACACAUGGUCGUGGAGAUACUGCAGUAAAGCCGUCUCCAAUGGCCGGUGGAUUAGUUAUACCGUCGGAUCCGAGAUCGGUUCUAAAAAAGCCUAAUGCAUCUAGAGAUGGAGCACAGAAACCAGCUACCCAUAAUUAUCCAAGUGCGGCACCUUCUUCACCACCAACACAGCAGUCGAUUUCCAAACCAACUCCGGCAACUGCAACAACUAAUAUUGCACCAGUUUCAACCCCACCGCCGCCACCCUCAAUUCUACCAGCUUCUGAAAAGCCUUCUACUCCACCUCCUCCACCUCCUCCGUCGUUAUUGCAGCAUCCAGUUAGACCAAUGCAUCCGUCGGUGAAUUCAGCUGACGUGUUACGAAAGAAAAACGAAACUGAAACUACGAAUAGAAAUAUCAGUCGUCCGAUAUCACCGGCUCAACCAGCAACUGCACCAAAAGUGCCACCACCUCGAGAUCCUCCACCCCCUCCUCCGUCAACACCACCAUCCUCGUUAUCCUCACACGGUGCCAAUGCGAAUGCAAUAAAACCAAUGUCUCCGUCAAAUACUACAGCAAGAUUCGUUCGCCCCUCUCCUCCGCCACCACCCCCCUCGUCAAUUCAUAAUGACAAUAGUCAUCAACCAAUUGUUCAACUAAAUGCAGGUCAUGUUGCCAAGUUCACGAAUAUGAUGAGCGCAAAUGGUCCUCUAUCGUCGCCAUCCGUACCACCUCCUCCACCUCGAAAUGCAGGGUUUAACAAUAAUGGCACCGAAACAUUACGUCGGCCACCACCGCCACCCCCUCCAUCAGCAUCUGAAGUCUUUGGCAAUGUCCACAACGGACAUUCCUCGGACCAACAAAGCGUUGGCGCAUUGAUGUAUGAUUACAGUUUUGAAAGACGUUUUCGAUUUACUCCGAUCGAAAAUCUUCCACCACCUGAAUCCUGGAAGCCACCAACACACGCGAAAUAA